AUGCAAAAAAUGUCAUCAAUCUUCACAACUCUUUCACAAUUAUCAACGUAUCAAGCGUCAUUGGACACUGCCAAUUGUAUAUUUGAGUGUAUUUACAAAGUCUGUUCCUCUUCCAAAAUGAACUCACAAAUGAGUAAUCCCGAAUUGUCAGUUUAUGUUGGUAACAUUGAUCCAAAUGUAACCAAGGCACAAUUGUAUGAACUAUUUGUACAGGUAAGUCCUAUUUCGAAAAUUGCCUACCCAAAGGAUAAACUACUCCAAACUCAUCAAGGAUAUGCCUUUAUUGAAUUUUAUACCCCAGAGGAUACCAAUUAUGUUGUAAAAGUCAUGAAUAAUACUGUUUCUUUAUAUGAUCGAUUUUUGAAAGUAAGAAAAUCAGUUCAAAAUUUACCUAGUUCAAACAACAAAACUUACACCACUUCCAAACAAGUGGAAGUACUACCAAUUGCCAAAGUAUUUGUUAAAAAUUUGGAUGAAUCUGUGGAUAUCCAACAAUUAUCUAACAUUUUCGAGAAAUUCGGCCCUCUUUUUAAAGAACCUGAAAUUUUUUAUCUUUCAAAUAACACACUUCGUUGUGCUCACAUUUUCUUCAAAUUCUAUCCAGAUUCUGAUGCAGCUAUUGGGAAACUGGAUAAUGAAUUAAUUGCUAAUAAAAGAAUCAAUUUAGAUUAUGCUUACAAGGAAGGUCAUACAAUUGGCAAAGGAAACAAUAAAUACGGUAGUGAAACCGAUAGGUUGUUGAAUAAAGAAGCUAAAAAGAAUGGUUUAUUAUUAUGA